AGAAUAAUAAUAACGAGCUCUACUUUAGCUGCGGCCUCCCUGCUGUGCCUCCCCCAGGCACUUUGCACAUGCAGUGCAGACUGGCUGCCUGAGGGGCCUCCAGGGUCUGAGCCCCAACUUGUGAGGACCUCUGUGUGCAGGCGGGAGCCUAUCCGUGUCCUUGUAAUUAAAAAUGAGCAUGCCUCACUUCUCCCCCCCGUGAGGAGAAGCUUCCACCUCGGGUGGGAUGCAGCAGCUGCUGCUGGCUGUGUGACUGCCUGUUUGUCCAGCUGGGUACAGAGGGCUGAGUGAGACUGGGCAGCAAAGGGUGAACAAAGAGGUAAGAAGGGUGCAUCAGGCAGAACUCACUUCUUCAUGGGACUGGAGCUUAGGUCAGAGAUGUGUGACCCAGGCCUUGACCUGCACCCACGGCUUCUUCAUUUGGGGCAUUUGCCACCUAGCUCUAAGUAGAUCUAGUCCCUGGGCAGCAUGGAGGUAGGAUUCCCCUUGAGUUUCUAGCCUGGCCUCACUGCUUCUGUUUCUUGCCGUUCCACACUGCUAGCUGAAGUCAAUACACAGGCCGAUGUUCUGAGAGCAAAACAAAAUAUUCAGAUCCUCUCUCUUACCUCUCUUAUCCCUGAAUUCAGAAAGAUCUACUUGUGUGUCCUGAGAGGAAACCUUAGACCAUCAUACCAACCCAGCUCCUUCUGGGAGCCCUGGGUAGUAUGGGCAGACACUUGCCCCUAUCCAAGAGAUAGGCUUAGCCUGAGGUGAAGAGUGAGUUCCCAAGGUGGCUGAGGUACCCUCAAGAUAGUAGCCUUGUGUAAGGUGGUGAGGUGCUCCCAAUACUUUGGGGUAGGUAGUCCAUGUUAGUAGAGGGUACAGUAAUAGUGCGGGAUACGCUGAAAUCUCCCUUUCUUAUUUCCGAUUCUGGCAGGCCUGGAGGUGUGUCUAAGGGACUGGCAUUCCUGAAUCCAGUUUCUAGCAGUUCCUGCUAAAACCUUGGCAUGGCUGCCUGACUUCUCCUGUUAGGUGGCAUACACUGUGGAGGUCUGUGACUCUUCCCCCUUCAAGAGGACCUGAUGGUUUGUGUGUGUGUGUGAAUGAGCUGCUUAGGGUUGGAGUUUGUCAGAUAACCACUAGUCUAAUGGCCAGGAAAGAUCUCUCUGUCUUGGCCUUGCUUCCACCUACUUUUAGUUUCUUGGGCUGUGAUAUUCCAGGGCUGAUUGGGACUUCAGGCCUAUCUGGGCUCCCUUUCCCAGCAGUACUAGGCUCUUGUGGCAUUGAGCUGGUGUCCUUGGCCAUUGGCAGUCUGCUCUCCAAGGGCUCCCUGGGGCUAGCUGAGGGAGAGGCAGCUGGCCUCACCUUCCUCCAAUGAUUUUCCAAUAUUUUCUGGCUUGUCAACAUGCUGUUUGGGCAGCAACUCCUGCUGGGUAUUGAGGACCCAGAAGCCAGCCCAUAGCUACCCUCUUUUUCCCUGGAGGCUGCACCUGUCUAGCAAGGGAAAGGUUUAUUUCCCCUGCCUGAUCACUCAGGGACAGGGCAUGUACUGGUUCUGCCCCCUUGCUCUUUUACCCCCAGCUCCCAUUAGACUCAUCCCUGCUUGGUGAGCAGAGCACGGAGGGGAGAGUGGUCUCCCAGGAAGGACGACAGGGACCUGAGUGCCACGGUAGAAGUUUUACCCCUUUGCCUUCUGCUGCCCCUCCUUUCCUGCUCCUGAGUCUGAAUUUUGACAGGACCCAGUAUGUGUUACAGUGAUUUGGGCUUGAGCAAGCUAUGGGAUUUUAAUUAGCUUUCUGCUUUCCUUCAGUAGGGAGGGCCAGGGCCUGUUAGAUAGCAAAGGGUGGACCUCUGCUGAAUUCAGGUCUUGAUGCAGGCCUGGGCAGUUAGUGUUUUGCUCCCUGUGUUGGAGGCUGCGAAGAGGUAGGGGUGCAGAGAACUGUAGCCAGGCCACAGUUUGCUCUCCAUCCCGUCUCCCCCUUCUCUCUGUUCUCCCGAUGGCUUUGAGAUGAAGGCGAUGGCAAGGAUGGAGGAUGCAGUUUCCAUGGUAACAGGCUGUCCACAGCCAGGCAACUUCAGAGCCGGGCUCUCCGGAGGAGGCAGAUGCGCAAAGCAGCCACAGAGCUGCCUGCCAGUGAGGGGGCUGGCAGAACAGGUGGCACAGGGUGGCUGUCUGGUGCUGCCCACCCUGAUGCCCAGCCUAGAAGAGAGGGUGGAAAGAGCACUACCCCCUCUUCUCUAUUACUGCCAAACUCUUCCAGAAAGGUUGGGAGGUAGCCUGAGUUUGGGAAGGGUCAAGACUGGGGUAAGAGCUUCAUUGUGUCUGCACUCUUUGGAUGGACAUAGACUUUACUCCUGCUCUUGAGAUGGCCAUUGGUCUGAUGCUGCCAGUUGGACCUCUCAGAUGCUCAGAGACGGAUGAUGUUGGUGAAUGUCAUGCUCUGACUGAUCUGGGGACUACUUUUUAACUACUAAGGAAGGAACUGGACCUUAUUCCAUUAGCCCCCAUGGCUUUGACAUCCUAGCCUAGUUUGUUGAAUGGAGCACAGGUUUAGCAGAUACCUGUCCUCAGGUGCUGGCUUUGGAAGAGUCCCAGAGCCUGGUAGCUCCUACUUGUGACAGUUAUGACCUGUCACUUCCCUGACAGUACAUUGUCCUCAGGCUUCUCCUGAGGACUGGGCCUUCAGCAAGCAUUUCUGGAAACAAAGGCAGCCAUCAAGAACAAAACAAAAAGCUAAAAUGGUAUAUAUAUAGAGAUGACAUGAGACUGUAUAUGGAGGAGGCCUGGAGAGCAACCAGAUUGGCAUGAAAGGUUGAAAUCAAAACUAGUCAAAGUAAUGACUCUGUUUGGCUGACCUUAGAAGCAUCAGGGCUAGGGUGUUUCACCCUGGGUUUGGGUGCAUGGAUACUCAGGAGGAAAGGCUUUGUUUGGAUUACUUGUGGAGAUUGAAUGUGAGCUGCCACUAACCUAGGCUGGGGCACCUACCUCCACCUGGCCUCCUGGAUACACUCUCUCUAGCUGGCACUGAGGGUCCUAGCUAGGUCCUUCUUUCAGACUUCUUAUCCCUUCUUUUUCCCCUCCAUGGGCUCUUUUUAAUUGGAGGAGGUUCCUCAACCCUUGGGCUGGCCAGGCAGGCGAACAAGUGGAGUCCUGGAGUGGCUUCUCUGAACCAGGCGAUAAGUCUCUCAUUACUGUUAAGUGGAAGGCUCAUUUUAGAGCUCACGGUGAGAGCCUGGCAGGUGCUAUAAAUAGCCAUGUUGUGAAGGUUGGCGGGUGAGCAGUGACAGGGCAGGGGCCUCACAGUUGUCUUGGUGGGUAAUUGUGCCCCAUCACAGGAAAGGGAGGGCAGAUUCUAGAUCGAGAGAUACUUGCUCCCUGUUCUGGUGGUUCCCGUCUGCCUCAGGCAUGUCUGCUGCUUUGAUGCACUAGGGGCUAAGAAAUAUUGGUCUGUGUCCAGGCAAGGGGGAAUGGAGUGCCUGUCAGAACUUGGGGCCCUAGAAGCUGAUGCUUUAGCCCAUUAGGUAAUAAUAUUCAGUGCCACCUCAUGUCCUGCCUACCCUCUAGCUCAGAUCUCCUUCUUCCUCCUUUGGCAGAAACCCUGGCCUCAGGUGUAAGGAAGUACAGGAGCCAUAUUUGAUUAGUUUCAGAGUUUGACAGACCUAGCCAUGGGAAUGUGGUAAAAAGCAGUUUGUAAUUGUAGUAGUAUGUCUAUAGACGGGGCUUGAGGCACCAGCUUUAGGGGCACUGACCUCACCCGGUAUUUCUGUGUUAGUCAGCAUUGUCCAGGGGAGAGAGGGGAUCAGGCCACUAAGUUCUAGCAUAAAAAGUCAGAUAGGUUAGAUCUUGGCUUGAGUGCCUAAGGCCAUAGUCACAUUUUAUGAGACCAGCUACUUAGUCCUAGAUACACACAUAGGAUUAGCAGGGCCAGGCUCUUGGGAUGUUUUAGCAUUUGACUUAGAAUGCUGAUCUGAGGAUUCUCUGUCAUUAGACCGCUGCUCCUGAAGUGUAGGGCCUGCUCUUGCAGGGCUCCUCAUGUAGGGUUGAGACUUGGAAGAGAUGGGGAUGGAAUGCACAGCUAGCUCCUCCAGAAGGAAGAGGCUGUAGACAGUUCCCAGGGUUCCCACGGGACAAGCUGGUCAGAGCCCUUUAGUGCUUAUACCACAUUUUGCAACACUGGUAGGAACGGAAGCUGUGUGCUCACCCUCGGCUAGAGAUCUACCAGCAAGACCAGAUCCAUUUCAUGUGCCCGCUGGCACGGCAAGGGGAUUUCUACGUGCCGGAGGUGAAGGAGACAGAGCGGAAAUGUCGGGGGCUUGUGGAGGCCAGUGACACCCAGAUGGAUGGCACAGGUACCAGAGGAGCUGACACGAGUGACACAGGUUCUGUGAGCCCCGAGGUGCAGCCUGGCAGCCGGGAGACCUCGGCCACCACACUGUCCCCCGGGCCGAGCAGCAGUGGCUGGGAUGAUGGCGAUGAGCACAGCGAGCCCAGCGAGCACAGCUACAGUGAAUCGGGUGCCAGCGGCUCGUCUUUCGAGGAGCUGGACCUGGAGGGCGAGGGGACCUUGGAAGCUCGACUGAACCCUGAGGCCAAGCUGGGGACUCCUCGGGAGCUCAGCACCCCUGAGAGGGGUGAGGAGUAGCCACAAGCCCUCAGCCCUCUUGUGAUGCAUUUGCUAAGGGACUGAGCAAACUCUCCAGCCCCCUUUGUCCUUAACCUGCCCAGCUUGGGCUGGGAGUCCCAGGGCCUGACUUCUCCUACCCCAAGCCUAAACCUCCUCACUGCCCUUUUGGCUCCCAGUGCCGAAGGAGCCAGAGACUGUUAUCUGCACCAGCCUCCUGGGCUGCCAACUUUUUGCAGACUCAUUGGAGCUUCCAGAACUCAGAAUAAAGUGAAUUACUUUCUGGUUUCACCUGGA